AUGACGUAUUGGCCCAUCUCUUCGCCCUCCGUCUUUGCGGCCACCAAGCAUAACACCUCCGAACGACUCCAGAUCUCGCAUGACGGCCUGGAGCCGCGAUCACAGAAUGGCACCACAGCGAACGUGAACACAGAUGGCGCUGCAUCAGGCCGAAGGGAAAAGACGGAGGGCAACAAUGCGCGAACAAAUAGCGAGCAGGACAUAGAUGGUGGGGCUCUUUCUGAGGAUCGAGAGGCGCAACAGAAUACUCAACAGCCAUAUGAAGCCGAUAUCUCCGGAGAGAUCAUCGGCAUACAGGUGACCCGUAGCGGGCAUAUGUUUGCAACCAUAACCCGGACUACUUUGACAAUUUGGCAGACUAAGCCCACAGCUAUCCUAGCCGCGGUUCUCCGUUCAGAUCAAUCUUUGAAGACAUAUGGACCGAAUGUCAGCAUAUUGUUACGCCCCGAUUCGCAAAUUUUUGUUGUACAAACAUCCCUUGGAUAUCUGAUCACAUAUUCCCUGGCUACCGAUCCCACGUCUCGCGUUUACAAGACCCAAUUCGCCAAUACCACAGGUGGACAUUCUAGGAGGCAUAGUUCAAUUGCGGGGUUCAAGAUACAGCGUCAACAUGAUACCAAUGCAGGGCCCGGGGAAGGGAGUGGCAUAAAAGAGUUGAGCCUACGGUUCCGCAUGGUCAUUCGCGUAGAUGCGGGAAUCGCAAAGGCGCUCGCGUUGGACGAUGAAUUGAUAGUGGCUACAGAGAAGCCCGCGGCAGUGCAAUGCAUUCGAUGGGCCCCGGACAGUAGUGGCAGCCAGACCAGUACCGAACUCCUCAGUCGAAUGCCUUGGUUAGAGAAGAAGUCGACGCUCAAAGACAUGAUUCAUGAUCGUCCUAUGAAUUUGGCAGCAUGGAUAACGGGCGACGGCAGGGCGCAUGCUGUGCAGCGACUUCCACCGAAUACGUUGCAAGAAGGAAAACCGCAUCAUAAUCUAUUCAAAGGUCAUGGAUUCCAUAAUCCAGAGACGGCCGCUGAACAUGGUGUCAUUGCUGCUAUCAACGCGCGAUUCUCGCUGCUCGCGGUGGGCUGCAACAAUGGAGAGAUUUGUGUUUAUACAGCAAGGGACUACACGGGAAACAUACCACUGUCACAUAAAUUGCGCCCCAACACUUCUUCGCCCGGGAAGUUGACAGUGAUGGCAUAUUCGCCCGAUGGCUACUGUUUGUUUGCGGGUUACGAGCAAGGCUGGGCAAUGUGGAGCGUCUAUGGCAAACCAGGAGCGACCAGCUUCGUCACCGAUCGGACUCUAUCGCAGACACACGAAGAGGGAUGGCUACUUGGUAUUCGAGAUGCCUUUUGGGUUGGCGGUGGUUCUGAGCUCUUGCUGCUUGGAAACCAUGACAACCGUGUUUUCCUGCUUGAAAUGGCACGGAGCGGAAUAACUGGAUGCUUCUCGUCUGCAAACGUAUCUAGGUCGCUCAUGCAGACCAGUUCUGGGUUCAUGAUUUACAGAGGAUAUGAACUCCCCGAUCUCACCACCAUCUCUGCUGAUGUUUCGUUGUGGCAUCACGUUCAGGUGCCUUCACAUUAUCUCAUAGAUCAAUGGCCCAUUCGAAGUGCAGUCAUCUCCUCUGAUGGCAGAUAUGUCGCGGUUGCAGGUAAGAGAGGACUUGCACAUUACAGUGUACACAGUGGAAGGUGGAAGACAUUCGACGAUCCCUUCAUUGAGAACGAGUUCACUGUACGCGGCGGCAUGUGCUGGUUCCAGCAUGUACUGAUCGCAGCUGUAGAAUCUCAAGAUGAUUAUCAGAUUCGUAUCUAUUCUCGCGAGCUAGCACUGGAUAAUGAUCAUAUCAUGCACGUCCAGCAUCUGCCUUCGCCAAUUGUCAUCAUUGCUCCGUCAGGAGAAGAUUCUCUCUUGGUGUAUACCUAUGACAACAUUCUGUAUCACUACAUUAUCAGCGUUGCCAAUGCCUCGGUCAAAUUGGUGCAGGUCGGACAAAUUGCACUUCACGGCAUCAUUCGAGCACCGCCGCGUGUUCGGGCAUUGAGUUGGAUUCUGCCUGAAGAUCAGAUCCUCAAUGGCGAUCCCUCGCAAGAUGUAGCAGUUGCGAGUAUCCUUUUCCUUGUGGAUGGCAAACUUGUACUGCUGCAGCCAACCACGACGGAGGUUGGGGAACUCAAGUACGAGAUGCGCAUCAUCGCACAGAACGUGGAGACGUACGCGCUUAUGCGCGACCACCCUGCAUUUGCGUUGGAGAUGCAAGACGACUCAUUACCGCCUAGUCCAUCUGUAGGGCUGCCUGCUGGUGGAGUACAUGGACACGAUCUGCGCGACUCUCUAUGGUAUUUCGAUGGGAGUGACGUAAGGGUAUGGAUCGACAUGCAAGACGUAUUAUUCUCGGCCUCAGCCGACACGGGAAGGGACUUGCCCAGCCCUGUGAAAAUUCCAGUGGAUUUCUAUCCGCUCGUAGCAUUGAUUAACAAAGGCAUUGUGUUUGGGGUGGAAUCCGAACUGGUACAGCGUCGAGACACCAGCUUCGCCUACGUUCGAUUUGGUACCCGGACGCACCUCUUCCUUCCCGCGCUACUACGCCAUCACCUUACCCAAUACAACUCGCCUGCAGCCUUACACUUGAGCCACCACUAUCAACAACUACUGUACUUCCCACACGCGCUCGAAAUACUCCUACACGAGGUGCUAGACGAUGAAGUAGACUCCGCGCCGGCGCCCGAACAGGCGCUUCUACCGAGCGUGCUAUCGUUCCUCAGCUCGUUCCCGCAGUACCUGGACAUUGUUGUACAAUGCACGCGCAAGACCGAGGUCCGGUCGUGGCGAACGCUGUUUUCGAACCUACCACCUCCCGAGGAGCUCUUCGAGGAGUCCCUGCAGAGGGGCAGUCUGAAGACGGCGGGAGGUUACCUACUCGUGCUGCACACGUUCGAGGAGCUGAGUUCGACGGGGGACCAGGUGGUGCGGCUCCUGCAGCGGGCGAAGGAGGAACAGGACUGGGAUCUCUGCAAGGAGCUCGCGAGGUUCCUGAUGGCGCUGGACGAGUCCGGGGUUACGCUGCGCAAGACGCUGGAGCUUGUGGAGCUCAAGAGCCCCGUGGCGGAGGACGUGGGCAUGUCGUCGUCGCACUUUUCGUUCCAUGGGACGUUGCUGGGGGUUCCUAACAGGCGGACGCGCGGGAACAGAGGGAAUGGAAAUGGGAAUGGGAGGGUCACGGGUAUAGGGAUAGACUAUAAUGGUGACGGUGGGAGUAGUGAUGGGCGAGGGGAUGAGAGCAUAGUUACAAUUUCACGAGAGAGUAGUCGUAGCCCGACGAGCCAUGCUGCGGCGACGGGAGACUAUUUCUCAGCCAUGACGAGGAGUGGUAGUUAG